CCCCAAAAGUGUCUAUUUGACCCAGCCCCAGGGGUUACUUGAUUGUACAUCGGAAAAUCUUCCAAAAAAUUUCUAAAAAUCAUCAGUUUGACAUUUGAAACAUAUAGCUCAUAUUACUCAGGUGAGAGGUCAUGACCCUCUUGUGACAUAUCUGUACCUUUAAGAAAAUUAAAUUGAUGAAAUCUAGGCCAAGUUCGAGAAUGGGUCAAAACCUAGGACACUAGGUCAAAGAAAAACCUUGUGUAUGCGAUAGAGGCUGUAUUUUUCAAUUGCUCUUCAUGAAAUUUUGUCAGAAUGAUUGCCUUGAUGGAAUCUAGGUCAAGUUUGAAUAUGGGUCAUCUGGGAUUAAAAACUAGGUCACUAGAUCAAAUUUAAGAUAAAGCUUGUGUAUGUGAUAGAGGCUGUAUUUUUCAAUUGAUUUUAAUGAAAUUUGGUCAGAAUGAUUGCCUUGAUAAAAUCUAGGUCGAUUUUGAAUGUUGGUCAUCUGGGGUCAAAAGUAGGUCACUAGGUCAUAUCAAAGAAAAACAUUGUGUAUGCGAUAGAGGCUGUAUUUUUCAACUGAUAUUCAUGAAAUUUUGUCAGAAUGAUUGCCUUGAUGGAAUCUAGGUCGAUUUUGAAUAAGGGUUAUCUCGGGUCAAAAACUAGGUCACUAGGUCAUAUCUAAGAAUACUUGUUUAAACUUAUGAGGUCACAUUUUUGGUCUAAUCCGAAUGAAAACUGUCCAGAAUAUUUGUUUCCAUGAAAUCACUAGGUCAAACAUGUUUUCACUGUUAUGAUAUGUUUCUCAGGUGAGUGACCAAGGGCCCUCUUGUUUUUCAGGUGUAUUUGCUUAACCCCAUUCAGGAGCAGCCAGAAACAUUUACGAUAUCCUCUUUGAAACUAUAUGUCAGACUUGCACCAAAUUUGGUCAGCAACACCUUGACAUGAGCGUCUUUUAAGUUUGUUAAAAUGGUUUUAUAUUGCUUCAUUUAGGGUCCGCCAGAGCAAGCAAAUAGGUCUUCACCGCAUCCUUGUAUUGACCUAUCUUAACUUUUCAUUCAAGAGGUUUACUUCCGCCAGAAAUAAAAAUACAAUGUAGAUCAUUUUUAAGUGAUUUCUUCCCACAAACUAAUAUUUGGAUAUUGACCAAACUUUGUCUAAAGCAUUUCUUUGAAGAAUCUUUCACAAAAUUGCGCAGAAGCAUUUUAGCAUGGGCGCCUUCCAGCUUGUUCAAAAUGUUCAGUCUGGUUAUCUUCAAUUUAAUAUGACUGUCAGAAAAAGAGAAAAUUAGUGGGUUGUGAAUGGUGAAUGACGUUUAAAUCCUCCUGGAUUUUCUGAAAUUGUUUUUUUAUGAAACGAUAACCUCUCAUGUGUAAGAAAAAUAUCAUCCUCAAAUUUUUAUGCCACUUUUAUGGUGGCCAUAUUGAAAAAAAAAAUGGCCACCAUUUUUAGCUCACAUGAGCACAAAGUGCUCAUGGUAAGGUAUUGUGAUCACGCUGUGUCCGGCGUCCGUCGUCCGUCAUGCGUGCGUCCGUGUGUCCAUCUAAUCAUCUGUCCGUCGUCAACAUUUGUGUUUAAACGACAUCUCCUCCAAAACCAAUUAAUGGAUUUUGAUGAAACUUGGCCGUGAUGUUUCUUUGGUGGUCCUCUACCAAAGUUGUUCAAACGUUUCCGCUUGGUUGCACAUAGGGGCUUCCAGAACUAAAAAUAGAAAAAACUUCAAGCAGCAUCUCCUCCUAAACUGAUGGUCCAAUUUUGAAAUAAUUUCAUACAAACGGUCAUUAUGUCACCCUCUACCAAGUUUGUUCAAAUUAUACUGGUUCGUCAAAAAACAUGGUCGCUGGAGGGCGUGGUCACUUUUCCCUACAUGUAUAUAGUGGAAACUUUAACUAUCUUCUUGUGUGAAACUGCUAGUCCAAUUUUAAAAUAAUUUUACACAAAUGGUCCUUGUGUGACCUGCUCCAAGAUUGUUCAAAUUAUAAUGAUUCAUCAAAAAACAUGGCCGCCAGAGGGCGUGGUCACUUUUCCCUAUAUGUAUAUAGUGGAAACUUUAAAAAUCUUCUUGUGUGAAACUGCUAGCCCGAUUGUAAAAUAAUUUUACACAAAAUGGUCCCUGUGUGACCCUCUACCAAGAUUGUUCAAAUUAUUUUGAUUCGUCAAAAAACAUGGCCGCCAGAGGGCGUGGUCACUUUUCCCUAUAUGUAUAUAGUGGAAACUUUAAAAUCUUCUUGUUUGAAACUGCUUGCCCAAUUUUAGAAUAAUUUUACACAGAUGGUUCUUGUAUGACCCUCUACCAAGAUUGUUCAAAUUAUUUUGAUUCGUCAGAGGGCGUGGUCACUUUUCCCUAUGUGUAUAUAGUGGAAACUUUAAAAAUCUUCUUGUUUGAAACUGUUUGCCCAAUUUUAAAAUAAUUUUACACAAAUGCUUCUUGUGUGACCCUCUACCAAGAUUGUUCAAAUUAUUCCGAUUCGUCAAAAACAUGGCUGCCAGGGGGCGUGGUCACUUUUCUUCCCUGAAUCAAUAAUAGCUAGAGCCUUGAUAAUUGGCGUGUGAUAUCAGAUUUGUAAUGUCUACCUUGAUUGUUCAAAUUAUUGCUCUUGGUUCAAAAGUGUGUGAGACAUGUAUAUAAUAUAGGCUAACAUAGAAAAAACCUAACUCUGUAUUUAUACCAACACUCAUAAAGCCUUGUACACAGGUGAGCGCUUUCCUUACUGAGUGUUUUGCCCCUUAUCCCAGAACACUCUAAGAAUAGCGGGGCAGCAGGGGUGAUCAGGCACUGCUUGUCAGUGAUGGCUGCCUGCCAUGCCUUCUCGUUUUGACGUAUCCAGAACCAACUGAACGGCUUUUCCGCUGUCUAUCCUAGAGUCUGGGCUGCUGAUUUCCUUGCUCUGCCUUUUAUGUCCAAGGCUCCGAGCAUCCUCCGAACUGAUUGGGCAGGAAGCCCUCUACAUCCUACCUCCACUGGAAAAAUCCAAGUUUUCCAACCCUGUAUAGUGCAUGCCUCUAGGUCAUGGUACUUUGCCCUUUUCCUCUCAUGUGCACGCCAGCUUUUGAAGUAGACCGUGUUGGUAUAUCCAGGCCUUGAACUUUCCAGGUAGUCGGAUUUGUCUAUUCGCCUUAGAUCCUCAUGUAGUUGUAGCUUCAACCUGCCCUGACAUGUUGUGUCCUUUAGCGACGAGUCAAACCAUUUUCCUAGACACUUUAUGGGGUUGCUUACUAGGGAAAGGAUCUCUUCUCCUUGGAACACAGUUUGAAUCUAUAUUUAACCUUCCCCUUCUUAACAGCCAAGCACAUUGACUUCCUUGGUUUGAAUGUCAUCCGUGCCCAAUGGUUUAGAUCAGAAACACAAAUCCAUCCUUUCAAAAAUCAUCAGAUUUCACGUUGUCAGAAAUGUCUUGAAACUUUGGCUUUCAUUCCGUUUCCUGUUCUGUUGACCAUUUCGCAUGAGUAAAAAUCAUUUCUUAGACACGCGCACUGUCAGAAAGCGGACUGGAAAAGAAAACCACACAAAACACCCAAUCAUUGUUCAGAUACGUGAUAUUUAUAUUGUCUGACUGCGCUCUCGUAACAUAGUAGUAUUAUUAUUAUUAUUAUAGGUCAAUACCAGCUCCAUAUCUUAUCAACCACUGAUAGGAUUUUCAUAAAAUAACCUCAUCAUUAAGUUCUAUAUCAAUGUCAAAGUCGUGUACAAGAUCUAUCUUAUUACGGGGUGAACGGGUUUUCCCCAUCAUUUAAUCAAGUGUUACAUUUCAUGGUGUUAGUCAUGACGUGUAUUCAACGUCAAAAGGUCAACAUCAUGUGAACGACAUAGGGUCAUCAUGGUGCUCUUGUUACCUGCUCUUUUCCUAUCCCGAGCAUAACUCCAAAUUUACCACGUAUAUUUCCAUGAAACGUGGAAUUUAGAUCAAUGAGAAAAUACAGAGUGCAAGAACCAUAACUUUAUUCUGAGAGUUUUCAAGUCAUCUCCCUUUUUGCAAUAUCAAGUGAAAUUAACAAAAUUGCGAUUUAAUUAUAUUGUUAUCUUCAAUUGAAAAUGGCUGGUUAUUGUGUGUUAUCAUUUGAUACCCACUGUCACAACAAUUUGUUAUCACUCUCUUGAUAAAAACAAUGAUUUGGUACAUUGUUAACAUGUUUUAUCAUUGAUAAUAAUUGUAAACACACUAUUUUAAUAUUUAAACAUGUUAAAAAACAAUGACAUACACAAAUGAUUUAAUUAUUAAUGUCAAUUAAUGGAAUACAACAGUUAUAAAACGUGUAGUGCUAAGGAAUUUCGUGUUCGUUUUUAAAUUCUCUGUUUUCAUUUGAUAAUAGAUCGAUAUAGAUGUGUGUAUGUCACAGAGCAGCAUGACUUAAUAUAAAGUGGAACUAUUUAGAUAACAACAGCUAUAACUAAACAUGGAGUGUCUAAAGCUACUUAUAGUCGUAUCUAUAUUUAAUGCUGGGCAGUUGGAAGAUAUUUGUAAAUCACCUAGGCAGUUAGUUUGUGAUACAUAUCUGAAGACAAAUGACAGCAAAAGAGAAUACAUGUAUGACGACACCAUUCAUUUCAAUUGUGAAGUUCUGAACAAAACAAAUAUCGACCGCUCAUUUUUUUUUCUUUGGCAUAAAAGCAGUAACGCCAUAAUUCCAGUCACUAACACCACAGGAAACACUGGUUUUAUAGAUGUAAAGGUAGUUUCCGAGGAAACAGGAGGAUAUUACAGUUGUCGCUAUGGCAACUGCACAGUCGACAGUUUACUUACUUUAUAUGACGUGAAGAUCGACAAACGCAGUAUUCCAUUGAAAAAUGGUACUGAAGUUCCGGACAUGAAGUGUAGAGUAAUUGAUUAUAAUAUGACUUGUGACUGGACAGUCUCAACGGAUCACAUAGGGAAUACCACGUGGAAAGUUUUGUAUAAAUCAGAAGGAAUGGACAGAUACAAAUGUUGUACAGCAAACAGAGAUGAAGACUGCCACUCAACAGGGAGCAGACGACAGUGUUUUAUACCAAAUACUUGUUUCUUUAUUCCUUAUUAUAUAACUCUGGCAGAAAUUUCAGAAGUAGGAACGCAUUUAUACCACUAUACAGUGUUACCUGACAACACAAUAGCAAUUGUAAAUAUAGAAGAUAAUGUAACAGUUAAACCAGGGGAAACGCCAUACAAGCUUGUGGUAGGGUUUACCUUGCACCGUCCACCGAUUUCUGUGGGCGGUAUGAAGUGUGACAUUUCUUACGAGUCUAAUCAGGAACAUGCAAUUGUCGGGAAUUCAACCCACAACAUGUAUCAAAAGAGCUUAGACGUGAACAUAACACUAGAUCAGCUUUCACCGUUCACACUUUACACAGUGGACAUUUCAUGCAAGCCACAGUUUAGCCCUUACUGGAGCAAUCAUGUGUCAGGUACUGGAAGGACAAAGCCAUUAGAACCUACAGCUGCAAAGAAGAUGAAUAAAAGCAAAAUAAUCGCGAUAGCAACUUCAUGUUCAGUCAUAAUAUGUCUGUUGAUAUUUGUCAUCAUAUCGUUCUUCAGAAGAAGAGUAACACACAUAAUAAAGAAUAACACAGUUUCAGAUGAAAUAAUGGACCGCAUUUUACAAGACUCUCCAGAUAAUUUACCCGCACAGAGUAACUCUUCAAGUUUGACAGAUGAUCAAACAAAUUUCAAAUCAUUACAGAGUCAGCAAGUCAGGACCAAUGCCGGUUUUGAACUGCCAACGCCUCAAAUGGAAAUGCAUUUGCGUGUUCCUACAAGUGAAUUAUCAAAAAGCAUGUCGGAUGAUUAUUUAACACCAGCCACCAAUUUUAAAAAACAUCUUAAUGAAGGACAUGGACUGUUUGCCACUCAAAACAAAAUGGCAACUGGUCAAAUCAGUGCAGAGCUCAGUAUUGCAACAAUUGAUGGAAACCUACAUAAUUUUGGCUGUAUGAGAGAUGAAUCACAGGAUAGUUUUGUAAGGGAAAACGUUAAAGUUGCAAGAGGCAUCACUACAAAUUUAGACAAUCCAUGUAAAAAUGCUACGUGUCAUUUGGCAUGUGAUUCAGAUGAUCUGCCAGAGGGAGAGUACAAUAAGGCGGUGUGUUUAUCCGCAGUUAAUUCUGCUAUUCUAUCUAGUAAUGGAUAUUUAGAAGCACAACGUCAUGUCGUUCCAAACAAUAUUUCCUCUACCUGGCACACGUUUGACACUGAUGACGGGCAUCCAGGAACUUCAAAUUCUCAGGUAAAUGAUUCUGUUGAUGUGUCACGCAGAAAUGAAUCCUUUGGGCAAACAUUUUCCUCAUGUGACGAAUACGUGAACCCUAGAGGAGAUGAAGAUGUUGAUUCCAAUCUAACAAAUAUAACCGAAUAUCAAAGAGCUGAAGCUUCAAGAACCUUUUGGACUGGGUUCUCUUCUACUAGUGACAUGCACUCCAACAAUUCAGAAAAUUCGUUAACUUCCUACUUCGCUGGCUCGAAUGUCGCCACUAGUGGAGCGACAGUUUACAAUGAAUCGCUUGAUGAAUACCACAAGGUAGAUAACACGGGGCAAACAGGUAGGGAUGAAGUCAUGGUAGUUGGGAGCACAGAAACUGUUGAGUCAGUUGAAAUGAUGGGUACAGAUAUGGGUGAACUAUCUGCGACUAUUAAUCGCAAUGAUAAUGAAAUACCAGAGGCAGACUCUACAACUGGUUUUAGGUCAAGAAAUGGACAAAGGCAUUACGAUGAAAAAGAUGUCAAAAUGGUAGAAAUUUGUGUCAAUGACAACGGCAUACAUAAUUCACUUACCACUGGUAGAAUGGAUACAAAGACUACUGUUUCAAAAAAAGAUGAAUAUGAUAAACAUUUCUCUAUGAAAGACAUUAAAAAAGCACUUGACAGUAUUGGUAAAAUAUUAGAAUGUGACGAUGAUCAAGAAUUGGAAAGUCCAUUUGAUAGUUAUGCAAUGGCAGACAUUGACUAUCAAAAUGAUAGCAAUUUUACUGACACAACUGUUCACGUAGAAGAUUAUGUUACAAUGUCAUCUCAGUAGAAUAGAAAAAUGACAUUUUAGCGCAAACUUCUUCAAGAAAAAAUAAUGGAUGUUUGUAUUUUAUGAUUCGAGUUAGAAUUUCAUGAGUUAUGUAUAGUUUCGUACCUACCUGAUUAUAAUUCUAAAAUGGUAAAAUUACUAGUGAUAAGAAAUAUGUACGAGUGUGUUUAGGUUUGUUUGUUUGUUUUGGGUUUAACUCCGUUUUUUCAACAGUAUUUCAGUCAUAUAACAGCGGGCAGUUAACCUAACCAGUGUUCCUGGAUUCUGUACCAGUACAAACCUGUUCUCCGCAAGUAACUGCCAACUUCCCCACAUGAAUCAGAGGUGGAGGACUAAUGAUUUCAGACACAAUGUCUUCUAUCAAAUAGUCACGGAGAACAUCCGCCCCGCCCGAGGAUCGAACUCACGACCCCGUGAUCCGUAGACCAACGUUCUACCUACUGAGCUAAGCGGGCGGGCUGAGUGUGUUUAAAGGACAAUUAUACAAUGACAUAUAUCAAUCAGAUAGCAUCAAUUUUAACGUAGAAACAGUUGUCUGUUAUUGAAUCUGAUGGUCGUUAUGCCUUUCAGUGUAAAGAAAAUAAAACCUGAAAUUAAAUUUAAAAUGUGAUCCAAAUAAAGAAUACAAACGAGAUCAAAGAAGGGAUCACCGUUUUUAACGUGUAGCAAAAACCAAUGAGGGUUGGGUCAAUACUCUGGAAUGAAGCUGAUACUGUAACCAGUCUUGAUGAUACAUCUGUGAAUUAAAUGUAAAGUUAAUAUAAAUCUAAUAUAAAUGUAAAUCCAAUAAAUCCAAUACAAAUAGCGAUCCAAAACAAAUGUAACUCAAGUAUUUAGAUUGUCAGAAGUAGUUAUCUGAAAAGAAAGACUGAAA